UCUCACAUGCUACUGCAUAACCAGGACACACUGAUGUCAUUUUUUAUGUUAUACGUCAACAAGUAGCAACAAAAUAACUGGCUAAAUCCAUGCAGAAAAAGCAUUUGUCAGAUAACGAAUUGUUGUUCAUUUCAUAUUUACAUAUGCUAACAAAACAGCAAACCGUUUAAAAUUUAAGAAACCUUAUAAAAACCAUUGCGUUUGACGUGUAAUAACUUUAUUCACAAACUGUCAGUGCUACCGGAACAAUAAAACAAUAACUGAAAUACGCAAAAUUCAUAAUGAAUUCACAACUCACUAAAAUUAUGAAUAGCAAGCUGGUGGAUUUAAAGUUUCGACAAAUUCUCACCCGCUAUGCCUCCACUUCCUCCGUCCCGACCACCAAGCUAUUUAUCAAUGGGAAAUUUGUAGAGUCGAAAACUUCCGAUUGGGUGGAACUCCGAAACCCUGCGACAAAUGAAGUAAUUUCGAAAGUUCCAAAAUCUACAAGAUCUGAAAUGCAAGAAGCAGUACAAUCUGCAAAGGAUGCAUUUAAAACCUGGUCACAUACGUCCAUAAUGGCCAGACAGCAAGUCAUUUUCAACUUUAGAGAGAUUAUGAAGAAGAAUUUGAAACCACUGGCUGCAAAAAUUACUGAAGAAGAGGGUAAAACUUGGGGAAAUGCGGAUAAAGAAGUUUUUCGAGCAUUACAAAUUGUUGAACAUGCCUGCAGCAUCACGACACUUGGUAUGGGAGAGUCCUUGGCUGGCAUUGCAAAGGAUAUGGAUGCAUUUUCGUUCCGAGCCCCGUUGGGGGUUUGCGCUGGAAUAUCAGCCUUCAAUUUUCCUACUAUGAUCCCGCUUUGGAUGAUUCCGAUGUCAAUUGUGUGUGGAAAUACGUUUAUUUUAAAACCCUCAGAGCGCGACCCUGGAGCAGUGAUGAUGCUCAUGGAAAUGUUGCAGGAAGCUGGCCUUCCAAACGGAGUAGUUAAUGUGAUUCAUGGUACAUUUGAACCAGUUACGUUCCUUUGUGACCAUCCAGAUGUGAAGGCACUUAGUUUUGUUGGAUCAGAUGCAGGGGGAAAAUAUGUAUACGAACGUGGCUGCAAAAAUGGAAAACGCGUUCAAAGCAAUAUGGGAGCAAAAUGUCACGGAGUCAUAAUGCCGGAUGCAGAUGAGAAAUCCAUAGGUCAACUCGUAGGUGCUGGAUUUGGAAUGGCAGGGCAGAAAUGCAUGACACUCUGUGUCGCUAUUUUUGUUGGCGAAGCUAAAAACAGGAUUCCUGAAUUAGUGGAACUUUCCAAGAAAAUUAAGGUUAAUGCUGGUCAUGAAACCGAUGCUCAACUCGGGCCUGUCGUAUCACCCGAAUCGAAGGAAAGAAUUUGCAAAUUGGUGCAAUCAGGAAUCGACGAAGGUGCUAAAAUUGUUCUGGAUGGAAGAAAUCCAGUUGUUCCAGGCUAUGAAAAGGGUAAUUUCAUCGGACCCACCAUUCUCACUGGUGUCAAGCCAAAUAUGACCUGCUAUAAGAAGGAGUUAUUUGGCCCAGUUAUUGAAGUAAUGACCGUUGACACGUUGGAUGAAGCCAUUAAAGUUAUAAACUCCAAUCCUUAUGGAAAUGGGACAGUAAUAUUCACAAAGAGUGGGUCGGCUGCUAGAAAAUUUACACAUGAAGUUGAUGUAGGACAAAUUGGCGUAAAUGUCCCUGUUCCAAUUCCUUUACCAAUGUUUUCGUUUACCGGAUCAAGGGGCAGUUUUCUAGGUGACUUAAAUUUCACGGGAAAAGCCGGCAUGGAGUUCUACACACAAAUAAAAACUGUGACGCAACACUGGAGAGAUUAAUCUCACUAAUCCUAAGCAUUCAUCAGCGAUUCCAGCAUUAAUGUAUUUAUAAUAUCCCGAUGUUUUUUGGUUGAAUCUCGUUCAAAUUUGUGAUAUAUUGGGUAACAUGGUGCAUAUCUUUUCUUGGAAUUGUUCUCUGAGACAUUUAAGUUAUAAUGCAAGCUAUUAUAAUUUUACCAUAUUUAAAAUUUAAUGAGGUUACCUUCGCUUGUAUUCCAUGAAAUUUUUGCCAUGAAUGUAAAUAUGGCCAAUAUAAGUACCCUUCACCAGUUUAAUUUCAAAAUAAAAAUCGCUGGUUGUGAUUACAUAGAUAAUAUUUAUAUAUCCCUUAAAAUACAUGCACUACUAUAAUUAAAACUGUGCCAGAUUGUUGUGUUUACCAUCCGGAAAUGUGAGUAACCCUCGUACCGUUAGCCAAACAAAAGUGUUCCAAAAACUAAGCACUUUCUUGGGUCUUAUGUAAUAAAAUCCGCCAAACUCUAAUUGAA